GAUUAUUCUCUCCAACAGCUUGAUACGCUCACCAUCUUCAAAGAUCAGAUCCACGAACACAAGACUCUCAGAGUCAACUAUACAACAUACGACUUACGACGCGAGCAGGACAUUCUCAAUCCUCGCUCACGGGCAGAUCUCAUGGUCUUGUCUGAUGCAUCAGCAGGCGAUGAUGCUCCUCACCCUUACUGGUUCGCGCGGCUGGUAUACACUUUUCACGUUAACGUUUAUUUCCGGGGCGAGGAUCCUUCUGCAUGUCGACAGGUCGUUGUGCUCCUUGUCCGGUGGUUCGAGCAUGACUCGAGUUAUGCUUCUGGCUUUGAGGCACGGCGGCUUCCCCGGGUGGCCUUCCAUCCUCUUGGAACGUCUCAGUGCUGGGACUUCAUUGACCCAGCUACCGUGAUUAGAGGGGCUCAUCUCAUCCCAGGCUUC